AGGAGACGUCCCCCAAUCAGCGCGCUGUCGGUUUACGUUUGAAUCUACAGGCGGAGACGGAUAUAGACGUUCGGAAGAGCGUGGAACGGCAGAACUUCUGAUGAGCCAGAGAUCAGGAACCUGAGAACAGCACUGCUUGGAUUUCUGUAGAAUUAUACAGGCCGAAAUUGCAAUCCACACUGUCCGCUAACAAUGGCCGAUGGAGAGGUGGAUUGGGAGUUAUGCAAAGAGAACAUCCAGCCUCUGAGGCGUGGCCGAGCCAUCUCCGCUUUGCAUCAAGCACUCACCCAGCAGCAAGAGGGUACCACAAGUGCCAUCAACCAACAAAAACAAGCAUACGAGCUAGAGCUUCGGAUGUAUGAUGGAGAUGACCCUCUUGAUGUCUGGGAUAGGUACAUAAAAUGGAUAGAACAGACUUACCCACAGGGUGGUAAGGACAGUGGUUUGGCUGUUCUUCUCGAAAGAGCAGUCAUGAAGUUUACAGAAGAAAAAAAGUAUCACAACGAUUUUCGUUAUGUUGACCUUUGGAUCAAAUUUACCGAAAACUGUUCUGAUCCGCUGGAUGUCUACCGGUACAUGCAAGCUCAGGGAAUAGGGACAAUGCAGGCAUCUUUUUACAUCGCAUGGGCUGAAGAGUACGAGAAAAGGGGAAACUCGCGGAUGGCCGACAGCACAUUCCAAGAAGGUUUCAAGUGUGGGGCUGAACCUGUAGACCGCCUACAACAAUUUCACAAGGCUUUACAGGCACGUGUGUGUAGGCAGAUGAUGACAUCGCUGAAUGAUCAGGAAACAGACGAUGAGCUUUCAGAGCCUCAGAGGGGUUCACUUACAGAACUGAAAGCCAAGGGAAAGAAAAAAGCUGUUGCUCCAAUCAACAGGGUGACUGGAAAUCUUGGCUAUGCCAGGGGUCUGCAGUUUAAACAACCACUUGGGCCAAGUCAGAACAGUAGACUCUUGAUAUAUGAUGAGAAUAAGGAGCACCCUGAACCUCAGGAACCUAAAUUAGAAUGUUGGCCAGCCCCUCCAAUUGCUAAGCCCAAGGAGAACGAACAGAGACCUGAUAAAUGGACCAACGCUAAGUUGCCACAGAAGUCCAGGUUUGGUCAUACUGUUGUUGCUCCACCACCAAAGCCAACAUUUCAACCAUUUGUGGAGGAAAGUGAUCAGCCUCCUGUGGUAACACCAUGUAAGAUCAACCCAGCAGUGAAUACCAUACUUUCAGCAAGAAAGCCGCAUCGUGAGGAGCAAACACCCCUAAAACGGCUACAAGAGAGGCAGCAGCACAUGCAGCUCCAGCAGGAAGAAGAAGACAAAAGUGGAGAGAAAAGUAUGUACUGCAAGGAGUUGCUGAACAGCGGUGUGACCGAGUUUACGUUCGAAGAGCUGCGUGCUGAGCGAUACCGACAGAAAUGCAGCCAGAGACUGGAAGCUAACAGCUAGUACGUAAAACGUAGGUCAAAAGGACUGAUUUGUGCAAAUAAUCAUGCCAACGAUCUACACUCUGAAUGAGGCUUUGCUGGUCCUGUUGUUUUUGUAUUAGUACCUAAAAUGUGGUGUUGGUCACAUCGGUAUUUGAGACCUUCUCAUUCAAAUAUACUGCAGUUACAAAUGCUUGACUGAUUAAUUCUAUUUUCUAUAGCUGUACUUUUCUAUGUGAUUUUGUACAUAUUUGACUUUUUUUUUUUUUUUUUUUUUUUUUAUUUUAAUAAAACCAGUUUUAUUAAAGCAUAGUGUGUUGGAAAAAACAUAUAAUGCCACUCUUGAACAUAUUGACACUGAGACUGUGUAACACACCUUGUUCUCUCAUUGCAAGAACCACAUAUUUUAAUAAACACAAGCAGGGUUUUUUUUAA